AAUCCAUUUCAAGACACGCUGAUCAGUGAACAUGUCUGCAACAAAUUCCCAAGCAACAAGAAUGGCAAUAUCACCGUGGAAGCAGCUUCUGAUGAACGCUCUGGAAUCCAACAGUCACCUAAAGCAUUCUACUUUCUUCCAGCUGGCAACGAUUGGAACUAAUGGAAGACCUUCGAAUCGUACAGUUGUCUUCAGAGGAUUCCAGGACAACACUGACAAGAUCCAGAUAAAUACUGAUGGACGCAGUCGCAAGAUUGAAGAGCUCAAGCAUUGUUCCUCUGGCGAGAUAUGUUGGUAUUUCACGGAUUCCUGGGAGCAAUUCAGGAUAAAUGGACAAAUAGAUGUCAUUGAUGGAUUGAAUCCUAGCCCUUUAAAACUUCAGCAAAGAGAGAAGUCCUGGUUUGCUAGUUCACUGAGAUCAAGGUUGCAGUAUUUGGGGCCUAACCCAGGACUUCCUUGUUUAAGUGAAGAAACACAGCGAGAAAUAUCUUUAGAUCCUUCUACUGGUCCAGUUGAUGCUUUUUGUUUGCUGAUUCUAGACCCAGAUCAGGUUGAUUAUUUGAAUUUGAAGAGUAACUUGAGGCUGACAUAUAAAUCAAGUGUCAGUGCCACUGCAGAGAAAAGCUGGAGUGUGGAGAGGGUCAAUCCAUAACAUCUUCUCUUUGAUACAAGUUCUAAUGGGAAGUUGCAUGAUCUAAAAGUAUAGGAGAGAGGUCACCAGGAAUCUGCCCAUCUGAUUCCCAUGGCAUUGUAGUACCAUGUGUACUAGAUCAGGAUUAUUAAUUUAAGCUCGUUAAGUUUAUGAAGUCUGAAUGAUUGAAAUUUGUAUUUAUCUGUUGAAUACAAAAGCUAUUAAUAUAAGAUUCAAAUUAGUCCCAUUACUACAUUUUUUUUUUU